AUGACCUGGAGAAGAAGAAAACGGCGGAGAAAAUUUGAAAAUAAGCACAUUGCUAACUUUAUUGUUGUUAUCCAGAUCAUUAAGCAGCGGGUAAUUGUGUCUGACAUACAGGAGAGCUUUAUAUGGGUGUGUUACAAAUGCAAUAAAAACCAGCUGAUCAUUUUUGCAGAUGAUACCUACCCUCGCUGGGUCACUACUUCCUGCCUUUUGUACUAUGACACAGUAGCUGAGAAGUUUGGAAAUAUCUGCGUGGUAUGAUUACCUCAGAAUAUAAAUGAUGAUGUUGAUGAAGAUUCCACUGGUAAUAAAGCCUUGUGGGACAGAGGUCUUCUCAAUGAUGCUUCCCAGAAGGCGGAGGUGAUCAGGAAUUACCAUGUGGGAGAGACUGUGCUGUCCCUACAGAAGACUUCACUUAUUCCUGGCGGCUCUGAAUCGCUGGUCUACACUACUUUAUCACGAGGGAUUGGAAUCCUUGUUCCCUUCACAUCACAUGAGGAUCACAACUUCUUUUUACAUGUCGAGAUGUACCUGCGCUAUGAGCACCCCCGAUCUGUGGUCGAGACCACCUUAGUUUCCGCUCUUAUUACUUCCCAGUCAAGAAUGUUAUAG